GAUCCGCCCUUUCUGGAAUGGUUUCUUGUGCUCCUGGGAGUUGAACCCAGGGCAGUGUCCUGCUAGGCAGGCGCUCUGUCACUGAGCUACGGAAGCCCUCCAUCUUUCCCCAGUGUACAGGCCCCAGGUCCAACGGGCGCUCCUCCAAGCCGAGCCUUGGAGGGCAAGGCCGGCACCAUUACCUCCAACGAGUGGAGCUCUCCCGACUCCCCCGAGGGGAGCAGCAUCUCUGGGGGCAGCCAGGCACUGGACAAGCCCAUCGACAAUGAUGCAGAGGGCGUGUGGAGUCCAGAUAUCGAGAAAAGCUUCCAGGAGGCAAUGGCCAUUUACCCACCCUGUGGCCGCCGCAAAAUCAUCCUGUCAGACGAAGGCAAGAUGUACGGUCGGAAUGAGCUGAUCGCACGCUACAUCAAGCUCCGCACAGGGAAGACCCGCACCAGGAAGCAGGUCUCCAGCCACAUCCAGGUGCUUGCCCGUCGAAAAGCCCGGGAGAUCCAGGCCAAACUCAAGGACCAGGCAGCUAAGAACAAGGCCCUGCAGAGCAUGGCUGCCAUGUCGUCCGCCCAGAUCGUCUCCGCCACAGCCUUCCACAGUAAAAUGGCUCUUGCCCGGGGCCCUGGCUACCCAGCAAUCUCAGGGUUUUGGCAAGGAGCUUUGCCAGGCCAACCUGGAACGUCCCAUGAUGUGAAACCUUUCUCCCAAAACGCCUACACUGUUCAGCCUCCACUGCCUCUGCCAGGCUUUGAGUCUCCUGCAGGACCUACCCCGUCGCCCUCUGCACCGCCAGUUUCCCCGUGGCAAGGCCGCAGUGUGGCCAGCUCCAAGCUCUGGAUGUUGGAGUUCUCAGCUUUCCUGGAGCGCCAGCAAGAUCCUGACACGUACAACAAGCACCUGUUUGUGCACAUCGGCCAGCCGAGCCCAAGCUACAGUGACCCCUACCUCGAAGCCGUGGACAUCCGCCAGAUCUAUGACAAAUUCCCGGAGAAGAAGGGUGGCCUCAAGGAGCUGUUUGAUCGGGGGCCCUCUAACGCCUUCUUCCUUGUGAAGUUCUGGGCAGACCUCAACACCAGCAUUGACGAUGAGGGCAGCACCUUCUAUGGCGUCUCGAGCCAGUACGAGAGCCUGGAGAACAUGAUCAUUACCUGUUCUACUAAGGUCUGCUCCUUUGGCAAGCAAGUGGUGGAGAAAGUGGAGACAGAGUAUGCUCGCUAUGACAAUGGCCGCUAUCUGUACCGAAUCCACCGGUCGCCGCUCUGUGAGUACAUGAUCAACUUUAUCCACAAGCUGAAGCACCUACCUGAGAAGUAUAUGAUGAACAGCGUGCUGGAGAACUUCACCAUCCUGCAGGUGAUCACCAACCGAGACACGCAGGAGACCUUGCUGUGUAUUGCGUAUGUCUUCGAAGUGUCAGCCAGCGAACACGGGACUCAGCACCACAUCUACCGGCUCGUGAAAGAAUGAGAGACUUGGAGAACGAUGGUGGGGGGACAAAUCCAGGAAAUGGGGACCUGGGAGGGGAUCUUCAGGGACGGCCCCCGGAAGUGCCGAGAGAGCUGAGCAGAGGAGAAAACGGCCUGAUCUUGCAGGGCCCAGCCCCCAAUAAACCCGAGGUGCCGAGUGUUUUCAGAGGAGCUGGUCUGGCUGUAUGAGCCCAGAAGGGCAGGGGAGAAGGGGGCGCCAGGAAGCAAGCUGGAAGCAAGCCCAGAGAUGCCUCCAGAUGGUCCAGGACCCAGAACCCCAGUGGACUCAGCCAGGCACUCAUCACCAGACACCAAAGCUCAAGACCCAGUGAUCCCUUCUCAGCUGCCGGAACAUUCUGCUGUCGGUCACACUGGUGGCCUGAGGACAGAUGGCAUGUGGGUCGCACAGCCAGAGACGCUGUGCAUGACCAAGUGUGCACUGUCAGCCUGGCCAUGACUGCCUGAGGAUAGCUGUAGCAGAAGGCUCCACCCCUGCUCACAGGGCUGGAUUUAGAUGUGGCUGCAACAGAGUCAUUGGCUGGAGACUGGGUAAGAGUUACUCAGGUGGCCCUGCAGUGGCCCUGCAGGGGGCGGUGGCUCCAGACAAGGCUCGGAGGUAGGGAAUCCCACUUCAGGGCCAGCGUGGGCGCUGCUUGGCCCUGUCAGGCUCCUCAGCUUCCCUGUUAGUGCCCUUUCCUCUCUGCUCAGCGCUGGUGAGGAGAGGAUGUCUGUAAAGUACCUGGGUCAUGCCGGGCGGUGGUGGCGCACGCCUUUAACCCAGCACUUGGGAGGCAGAGGCUGGCGGAUCUUUGAGUUCCAGGACAGCCAGAGCUACACAGAGAAACUUUGUCUUGAAAAACAAACAAAACAAAAGUAGCUGGGUACUGUGCCAGUUAAAUGAUCUGGUCCUCAGCCCCAACCCCUUGCUUCCCUCCCUCUGGAAGGCUUGGAUCUGGCUCUCUGUCUGCUGCCCUCUCAAGGCUUCCUGGUGUUUACGGCCCCAGGUGGAGCCUCCGGAAGAAAGAUCCAACCUGGGCAUGUUUGUGUGUGCCCAGAACUCAGGGAUGUAUCUGUGGUGAUGUAGAAAUGGGCAGGGCAGCAUUGAGGGGAUGCUACAGAGGUGAGAAACGAGGGCUCUGGAAUCAGUCUAACCUGACUUUGAUGUGCAGCCUCUGGUGUGUUAAUGUCAUGGUGCCUCAGUUUUCCCAUCUGUAAAAUGGGUAUAACAUUCACCUACCUCGUGUAUGAACGGUGCCUCAUAUAGUGCUGAGCACACCCACAUGUUCAAUAAAUAUGCAUCGGUACUAACCGUGGGAGCUUCGGCUCUAGCUGAGGAGCCCGACUCGGGAGCUAUGCACUGGGGUGGAGGGGGGUGUGGUGGUGUGAUCCUACGCAACUGCCCUUCAGAUAGGGGGCAUCCAGGGGUCUCAGGGAAGAAAUAGCCCUUGAGGGAACAAGUUCUGAGAGGAGAAUGGCUAGUAUUUAUUGAUGCUAUUUCUGUGGGGUUUUUGGUGCUGGGGUGGACCCCAGGGCUUGGCACAGGCUGAGUUAACUGUGCCAGAAGUAUGCACACAAGCAUAGGGCAGGAGUCGGGCAGCAUCUCAGAUGAGGAAUACAGACAAGUCACCCGGUCUUUCUGUAGCCCCCACAUUCCCUCUCCUUAACCCAAAGCAAUUUAACCCAUCCCUCCCCGCCAUGUUAGGAUGGUGUCUGCGGACCUGCUUCCUACUGCACUGUGUAGAGAUCCUGCUGUCAAGGGGGUCAAGGGUCCCAGAAAGACUGCUGCAUCCCCAGCCCUGUGGUGAGCAUUCACCCCUCCAUGUAUGUGCAGGCCUGUGUUUGCAGCUCCCUCAGAUCUUAGCCCCGGCCCUCUCCCCCUGUGCAUGCUGCCUGGGAGCAGCAUUCUUGGAAAGCCUCAGCCUCAGACACUUCAGACUUUUAUGUGGGCAGCCACUAGGGACAGGAAGGACACAACCCUCUCCUGUGCGAAGCAGGUCAGAUGUCGGGUCCCAGAGUGGGUCAUGAGUUUUUCCUGUGCGAACUGACCUCAGUGGCCUCACGGAGACUCGCCACAGAAGACAGUAGUCUUAGCUUCCUCUCCACUUGACUCAGUGUGGCCCUGGACUAGGGCACCUCCACGCCACGUGAUGAUACUGUGCUGGCGCCGUGGUUUUUUCUUUUUUUUCUUUUUUUAGAUGAGCUCACCCUCUCUGGUCUGGGCUAAUAUCUCCAGUGAUCCUCCUGCCUCAGCUUCCUGAGGAGCUGGGACUAUGGGUGCUCACCACUGUGCCUGCCAGUCCUAUUUUGAAGAUUAAGAAAGUGAGGCCCGGAGAGCUUAAGGAAGUUGCUUGGUUGUUGGUGCAUUUUUUUCUUUUGCUUUGUGAGUAGUUGUUUAAUUUCUGAGAUGUGUCAGGCCCCGGGAAUGUGUCCAUGAGCAAAACAGCCAGGGUGGCUCUGAGCUUGCUUUGGACUAAGGAAGGGGUGCCUGGAGGUGAGUUAAGGAGACUUGUGGGCAGUGGGAAAUGCUGUGGAGAAAAGGGCACCAAGGUUAGCGUCACUUUAGGGGAGGCUGCUGAGGCCCAGAAUCUGCACUAACUCUUGAACUACACACAAGUGGAUCCGAAGGAACAUUCCAAGGGAGAAUGGAGAGUCCUGGAGACAGGGAGGGGAGGGGUGUGCCCCGGGGGUAUGUUGAGCAACAGAAGGUGGACAUACCUGCGGCCAGCAUGGCAGGUCGAAAGGCAGUGGCUCCGUCUUUCGAGUCCCCUGCACUCCCUGUGCGGAUGGAUGUGGACUUUGGAGUCCUCUCAGGGUGGUGGCGAGGCCUGGAGGUGUUCAGCAAGGGAGUACAUUCCUUUGAUGCUAUUUUUAGAGCUGCCCUAGAGCUGUUGGAGUCUACCAAGGAGCAAGUGCGGUGGUUCCUGAACCCAUCCAGCACGCUCCCCCCGGCCUUUGGGGGUGGAAACUUUGUUUCCUGGGCAUGUUCUACUUGGCAGCCCUGUGAUAGGCAAGGGAGAGUGGACCAGACAGGGCUACCCGUGUCACCGGGCCUGCGAGAUGACGAAGGGUCCCCAAGUCCUGGGAACAGAGAGCCCUCUACCCUGGGAGUGAAAACCCUCCUGGUGUAUUCUAGUUAGCCGGAAAUGGCGGCGGUAGGGACAGGCGAAGGGCUUCCUGCCUCACAGGGUCUGACACUAACAGCAGAUUGUACCAACCGAGUGUCAGAGGAAUGGAAAGAAUGUGUCCUGACCAGACAAACAAACACAAGCACAAAACCAAAACAAAAC